CUCACACUCGUCAGCAAAGCGAUUUCCAGCAAACCACAAAUUAAUCAAACCAUUUGAAGGUAUAAUUGAUCGAUCAGCAUGGCCGGUGUGAUGAUGAAGUUGGCUUGUAUGGCGGUGAUGUGUGCGGCCCUAGUGGGUGCACCACUGGCUGAAGCCAUCACAUGUGGUCAGGUCACAACCAACGUAGCUCCUUGCCUCAGUUACUUCCAGAGGGGUGGCACUCCAUCCCCCAGCUGCUGCAACGGCGUCAAGAACCUUGUCGGAGCGGCUCGCACCACCGCUGACAAGCAGACCGUCUGCAAUUGCCUCAAGACAAUCGCUGCUCAGGUCCCCGGCUACAACGAUGCCAACGCUCAGGCCAUUCCUGCCAAGUGCAAUGUUAACGUCCCCUACAAGAUCAGCACUUCCACUAACUGUGCUAGCAUCAAGCUCUAAAUACAAUAGAAUGGAAGAUGAGAAGGUAGCGACGAUGAGAAUAAAGGAGGACCACUUAUUUAUAUGGCUCAGCCUAUAUGUGUCUGCUUUAAUUUCGUCCCUGAUAUUUUAUGUUUAAUUAGUUUAAUUAAUCAUCACGUCGCGUUCUUGUGUCAUUGCUGUGAUCAAUAUAUGUACCAGCUUGGUUGUUUCAUGUAUUAAUCACAUAUCAUUUCCAUCGUAUCCUCAA